AUGACUGUGUGUCAUCCUGUUAAAUACUUUAAAUCGAUUGAAUCGGUGCGUGAAACUACUUCCGUUGUUUACAGGUAUGCGAAGGAAAGGAAUGAGGGAAACUAUUUCAAAUUAAAUCUCUCCAGUAUGCCUGAAGUUGUGGAGUUUCUAUGUGGUAUUAUCGAGCGUGACUAUGGAAGUGAAUAUGACUCCAUACCGCCGCACGGAAGAUGGCAGCACAUUAAUGCGGGAGGGCACAGUAGGCUAGAAGAUUUGGUAUCUCAAUGGCUCCAGGAUGGUGUUGAUGAAAUUGAGAUCUCGAGGAGGCUAGUGGACUUGAUUUUGAUCAGCGUUCUGAUCGAUGCGGGGGCUGGCAGUAUGUGGUCAUACCAAGUGAACGGUGAAACGUACAGCAGAUCUGAAGGCUUAGCAGUGGCGUCGUUUCAUAUGUUUCUUGACGGGGCCCUGUCGGACAAUGCUGCACAAUAUCCACAUAGGGUUAACGGUCAGAGACUAAAGGAUAUGACCAUGCAGGAGUUUUGUCAAGGAUUCCAAAUUUCAAAGGUAAAUCCUUUGAGUGGUAUGGAAGGCAGAAUGAAUCUGGUUCAGAAAUUGGGAGAAGCGCUGAUUAGCAAUCCCAAGAUUUUUGGACCUGAUGCUCGGCCCGGCGCUAUGGUGGACUAUCUUCAUGGUUUGCGCGACGAGAAAAGCAACACGAUAGGUUUGGCUGAUGUCUGGAACACCUUGAUGGAUGGCCUAGUGGCUAUUUGGCCAAAGGGCAGAACCACUGUUGAAGACCAACCUAUUGGUGAUGCAUGGACACUCGAUACCAAGAUUAUGGCUAGCGGUGCUCAAGGCUUGUGGCGUGACAACCUCCUAGAUAGCAUUGUCACUUUCCAUAAGCUUACUCAAUGGCUUUGUUACUCCAUAUUGGUGCCCCUGGAAGCUUAUGGUCACAAGUUUAAUAUAACCGAUAAAAGUUUACAAACGGGCCUACCAGAAUAUAGAAAUGGCGGUCUGUUCUAUGAUUUUGGAGUGCUAGAGCUUAAAUCUGAGCAUAGAAAGCGUGGAUUAGAGCUGUCAAAAACACUUCAAAGCAAUGACGACAUUCCCACGUUUACCGCAGAAGAUGGUGCUAUUGUCGAAUGGAGAUGCUUGACCAUCGGGCUCUUGGAUGAACUUUUGCUCAUGGUGAAUCAAAAGCUUGGUGCGAAACUGAGCUUACCUCAGCUUAUUGAAGCAGGAUCAUGGAAGGCCGGUAGGGAAAUAGCUGCAAUUCGGAGACCUACCACGAAAGGUCCACCAAUAGAACUGUGUAGUGAUGGGACGGUCUUCUAA